ACAGCAAGGUUAGCCUGACACCUAGUGGCAUAAAAAGGUUAUUGCACGAGUGGGAUUUGAAAUCGAAAUUGACUAUAUAUACAACUAAUAUAUUAGAGCAGUUGUAUAGUCUAGAAUGGUGUGAAAAAGUGUUUAUCUCCCUGCCGAGUUCCUAUUUCUUUUACGUGUUCGUCACUCUCAAGUGUUUCAGAGCAUAGUGUCAAUCUAGAUAUUAGAGGAAGACGACACAAGGUUUUGUUUUUUGUUUUUUCGUCAAAGUGGCGGAAAGAGGCCUCCAUAGUUUUACGUCGAAGCUUAAACCUUUCGAACAGUGAAUCGUGUUUGCUGUGAAAGCUGUUUGUGUCUGCUCUGUUGUUUGGCCAGGGCGGACAAGGAAGCGGGGCGUGUCCAGUCCGCUGUUCCCUCAGGUAGCGACACCUUUCAAUGGUCGCGCGCAGUUGUUUUAUUCUUCCACCGUGUCAUUUUACAUCUACCUUAACAUGACUUCCGGUCUGCUGGGAGCGUUUCUGUACCUCAGAGAAGACGUCGAAGAGAGGAAGAGUGUUUGAAAAACAAAGCGAGGAACACAAAGCAGAUCUGGGACAUUUUUCACAUGGUUUGGCUCGUGGACAUUGGCUGAGAGCUGCAUUAACAGUUCUAAUGGACAAUAGGAGACGACUGAAGGACAUCUUCAUCUGCGUUUUGGUAGGAGUGACGUUGGUCUUCAUUUACUUUGUCUAUGACAACGAGUCUGAUCACCUGUAUGGACCAGCAUAUAAAAAGUCCAACGUCAAGGUCUCUUCGCCGCCUGAACCAAAGUGGGAGGACCCAGGACCGUACCAUGUGGCCUACCCACAGAACUACAGAUUCGUCAUGGAUAACUCUCCAACGUGCAAGACCACCACUCCGUUCCUGAUCUUGAUGGUUCCCGUUGCUCCCUCCAAUUUGGAAGGUAGGGACGCCAUCCGAAGAACGUGGGGGGGUAAGAAAAUGGUCCUCGGUCAGCUGGUUGAGACCGUCUUCAUAGUGGGGCUACCUGGAGGGGUCGACGCCAACCAGGAGCAGGCGAGAGUGAAACAGGAGAGCGAGCGGUAUCGUGAUCUCAUUCAGAGUAAUUUCCAGGACAGCUACCGCAACUUGACCAUCAAGACCAUGGUCAUGCUGGAGUGGCUGGCUCAGUACUGCGCCAACGCCAGCUUCGUGAUAAAAAUCGACUCGGAUAUGUUACUGCAUGUUGACAAUUUGGUUGCAUUGUUACUGGACCCCAAGACGCCUAAGGAAAACUACAUGACGGGUUUGGUAUGGUGGCACAGCCCAGUUUUAAGAAACCCUUUCAACAAGUUCUACAUGCCAACUCACGUGAUCACAGAGCCGGAGUACCCCCCCUACCCUCUGGGCAUGGCUUACGUCAUGUCUCUGGAUCUACCCAAGAAGAUCCUGAGCGUCUCGCCUCAAAUCAAGCCAAUCUACAUUGAAGACGCAUACCUGGGCAUGUGCCUGAAACGUCUGGGUGUGUCUCCUACCGACCCUCCUGACCAGAGGAUGUUUCAGGUCAUCCCCCGGCAUCCUCUGAGCAGCUGCGAUCUCUCCAAAGUGAUCGCCAUGACUACGAUGAGCAUGUCACAAAUGCACAUCUACUGGCAGAGGAUCGCGCAGGGAGUUCACUGCUGAGCCUGAUUUGAAUAUUGAUUAUUUUUGGAUGGUUUGGCAAAGUUUCGUUCACGGAAGGAAGGUAAAGCCCUAUUCACAUGGGAUAAGCAUUGUGUGGAAGUUUACAAACAGAAGAAAAGUAUUCUUACCGCCCAGUGCAAUAAUUUUACGCCUUUUCUUUUUGAUGCUGUAUGUUACAGGUCGACAGGGAUUUGCUGGCUUGGUUUUCAGUUCCAGCCAACACAGCCUCCAUUCUUAGCCAAAAGCAAAUAAAAAUGUGGCCAGGAAAACAAAAACGUAUAAUAACAUUUUGGAUCCCGACCAUUUCUGUCCAAAUCACAGAGAUACCGAUUUGCAUUGGAUCAGUUAUUAUCACAGGACCUCAAAGUUCAGUAGAUAAUUUGCUGGAGAACUUUUACUUUACAAAUUACUGACAUGGUCAAUUCGCACGGGAUUAUCAAUGCAGACAAUCCAUAUAAUUCUUACAAAUAGCAUUUGGUCCACAGGUAAAACUAAUCCCCUGUGAAUAGGACUUAAUGUUGUUUUAAAUUAUUUUAGUAGGUUUUGAAGUUUUUUUUUUAACUUAUGCAUAGAGAGCAGUCAUUCUUCUGUGCACAAAAAUAUUUUUACAUUCAGUUUGUAUUUGGCUGCUGUCUGUAGAGUUUUUAACUUUCUUCCCCCUGUAUACAUAUGUUUUUCAUUGUUACUAAAAACCAUGCACGUUAAGCUGCAGUAACAGAUUAUGCAGGCCCAAAUUUAAAGAAACAAAGCACAUUUAGGAUAAACAUCAAAUUUGGUUUGCCUGUUGUAUAAGACACACUCUCAUUUUGUAUAGAGUCUGUGUAUUGGGUUGAAAGAUGGUAAAAAGUUUCCCUACCAGUUGUUGCUGUUUUUCAGUGAGUUAGCUAAGGUAGCUAGCUAACAGGUAGUCACUCUGAUCGUUUUAGCUAACUUUAGCAGCUUAAAACAACUCAAAUCCACAAUACACAACACAAUAUUAGCUGGUAUUAGAUGUCUGUACAUUCACAAGAGACUAUUUGCAGCUGCUUUUACAGCCAUCUAUUAAUUCAGCUAAUCAGCUAACUGUGAGUCUCUGGAGAGUCCUUGAAGAUAACUUUCUAGGACAUUAUUAAAUUGCACCUACUCUGAGGUUGCUCUGAUAAUCUUUAAGGGAAAUGUAGGCAGCUAUGAAGCACAUUACACAAAGUAGUGAUUAAGGAUAGAAUUGGAAGGAAAAAAAAACUUCAAGGUAGAGAAGACGCAUGUUGGAAGGUUAGAGUAAAAAUAUUUAGUUUAUUUUAAAAUGGAUAAAUGUCUCUUUUAUCUUUUCCUGUAAACAUUUUUCCCAAAAAAAAAAAAGGUUUACAGGAUAAAUUAAGAAUGUUAUUGUUACAGCAGUAGUUUGUCACCACACCAGAAGGGGGCAGGCUAACACUGCAUAAAAGCUGUAACCCCGACCUGCACUGACUUAAACUCUCAGGAUUGCUUCACAAACAGCUUUUACAUCUUUUAACACCUUUCAGUCACAUGUCUUGGAAGAAUAAUCUCAUCGACACACGAGUGGUUGCUACAGCGUCAGCUGAGGAAACGUCAAACUUUUUCUGUUACUGUCAUGGCUGACUCUCCACGAUGAAACCAGCUAACCAUGCUUCAGUGAUAUUCAGUAAGCAAUACAGAAAGAGGGACAGGCCUUGGCUGACAUGAUCACGUUUGUUUUUUCUUAAAAUCUCUUAGAAAUAGUAGUAAUAACAAUACUAAUAAUACUGUGACGUGGUCAAGAGGUGAAACUAAAUCCAAGCCUCUAAAAUCGUAGUUCAUAUUGGACUUUUUAUUACCUCAUUUAUGACUUGCAAUAAUAAUUGGAGGUUGAUGAAAUUGACUAUGCUAUACUUUAAGAAAAAUUCCCAAUAACACAAUGACAAAUGAUUGAUUUAUAGCUUCUGUACAUUCUGUUAAUGACUGGACAACAGAUUUGCUGUCAUCCCUUGGAUUUUGGGUGUACUAUCUGAAAUUUUUUAAAAUAAAUAUUAUAUGGCUCAGUCAUCAGAUUGAUUGUUUUAUUGUUAUAAAAGGCUACGUCUUCCUCCCACAUCCUGUUUCUGUUUAGACUGUUUUGUUUGGAUGUGCGUCUGCUGAGUUUUCACCCAGGUUUAUUUGUUGUCUCACUAUUUUAGGUAGUUUUAGACAUAAACACACAGAGAGAAGACUAUGCAGACUUUUACAGUUGUGCACACGACCGAGAAACUUGUUCAUCAUCUCUCCCGUUGACGUUGCUACAGGGUGCUACUGUGUAUAUUAUCUUUCUGUGUGUAUAUUUCUUUGAUAAAGUACUGAAAGUCA